AGAAGAAAACAAAUCUGCACAAAGCAUUGAUGAACGAAGAACACUUCACGUUUCAGUGAGUCUCUUUUUUUUUUCUCCACCUCUGAAUGUCCUUUUUGCUCACAUUUUCGUUGUUGUGGUCCUACUUGGUAUUCUUACAGCUGUUUCGUUUUGUGUUGUGUUAUGUCGGUGCCUUAAUUUCAACUUCCUUUUUUAGUUUUCACAUGUCGACAUUUUUUUCCCCGUAAAAUAAGUCUAUACUCUGUUGCAGGGUUUUGCGGUCUUGUUUUGCUUGUUACCUAAGCGACUCAAAAACUUUUCCCCUGUUUUCUUGCUCACUAGUCGUUCAUUUCUGAAACAGUUUCACAUCUCAUGGGUUUCCUCUUUUAAUCACACAAAGCUCGUCUUCUUGCUCAUCAUUACUCGAUACUAUUAGAUCUUUUGUGUACAGUUGUAUAUACAAACAAAAGUGUCUGUCUGAUCCCAAAAUAUGGGUUUAGUUCUCUUCCCUAUUUUUCUGGAAAUUUAAUGUCCCCAAGUUGAUAUUCUUGUGGCAUAAUGGGUUUUUCUUCAUUGAUAAAGUAAAGCUUCUUGAUUCACGGUUCAUUACACCUGUAAAGUUUUGAGACUUCUCGUGUUGUUAAAGAGAAAAAAAGCAAUGGGUUAUGGUAACUCAAGAUCUGUGAGAUUUGAAGAAGAUUCAGAAGUAACAAAGCCACAAGCUGUACAUGAAGAAACUGCGGUAAAGCUCAAGUUCAAAAUCAAUGGAGCUCAAAUCUCUCCUAGAAAAAAUGUAAAGAAGAUGACUAGAGGGAAGUCUUUUAAAGAUAAAGUACUCUCCAGAGUGUUCACUGAGGAUCUUGGGAGAGUUAAAAACAAAAUCCUCGAUCCUCGUGGACAGACAAUAAGAAAAUGGAACAAACUCUUUCUCAUAGCAUGUUUGGUUUCUCUGUUCGUGGAUCCUCUGUUUUUCUUCUUACCGGUCAUGAGAAAAGAGGCUUGUAUCACCAUUGGAAUCAGACUCGAAGUUGUUCUCACAGUUAUUAGAUCUUUGGCUGAUGCUUUCUACAUCGCUCAGAUUGUUAUACGGUUUAGAACGGCUUACAUCGCCCCUUCUUCUCGUGUAUUCGGUAGAGGAGAGCUUGUGAUUGAUUCAAGAAAGAUUGCUUGGAGGUAUCUCAACAAAAGCUUCUGGAUUCAUUUGGUUGCUGCUUUGCCUUUACCUCAGGUGUUGAUUUGGAUCGUAAUACCAAAUCUAAGAGGCUCACCAAUGACAAACACCAAGAACACUCUUAGAUUCAUCAUCAUAUUCCAGUAUGUUCCAAGGAUGUUCCUUAUAUUCCCUCUCUCUCGCCAGAUCAUUAAAGCCACUGGUGUUGUAACUGAGACUGCUUGGGCAGGAGCCGCCUACAACCUCAUGCUAUAUAUGCUAGCAAGCCAUGUUUUAGGUGCUUGUUGGUACUUGCUUGCAGUUGAGAGGCAAGAGGCUUGCUGGAGACAUGCUUGCAACAUCGAGAAACCGAUUUGUCAAUACAGAUUCUUCGAAUGCAGAAGGCUGGAAGAUCCUCAAAGGAACUCUUGGUUUGAAUGGAGCAACAUAACAACUAUAUGCAAACCUGGAACUAGGUUUUACGAGUUUGGUAUAUACGGAGAUGCAGUAACUUCAACUGUUACUUCAUCAAACUUCAUAAGCAAGUACUUCUACUGUCUCUGGUGGGGACUGAAGAACCUCAGUUCCUUGGGACAAAAUCUAUCCACGAGCACUUACGUUGGUGAGAUUAUCUUCGCUGUUGUCAUGGCGACUCUAGGGCUUGUUCUCUUUGCCUUGCUUAUUGGAAAUAUGCAAACAUAUUUACAGUCGACAACCAUGAGACUUGAAGAAUGGAGGAUAAGGAGGACAGAUACAGAGCAAUGGAUGCACCAUAGGCAGCUUCCUCCAGAGCUAAGACAAGCCGUGAGAAAAUAUGAUCAAUACAAGUGGUUAGCCACAAGAGGAGUCGAUGAAGAAGCUUUAUUGAUAAGUCUUCCUCUUGAUCUCCGAAGAGAUAUCAAACGCCAUCUAUGUUUUGAUCUUGUUCGACGUGUUCCGCUGUUCGAUCAAAUGGACGAAAGAAUGCUUGACGCGAUCAGCGAGAGGCUAAAACCGGCAUUAUUCACUGAAGGUACGUUUCUUGUGAGAGAAGGCGACCCGGUCAAUGAAAUGCUCUUCAUAAUCAGAGGCCAUCUUGAUUCUUACACAACAAAUGGAGGCAGAACCGGGUUCUUCAACUCUUGUCUCAUAGGACCAGGAGAUUUUUGCGGUGAGGAGUUGCUUACCUGGGCGUUAGAUCCACGUCCCGUUGUGAUCUUACCGUCUUCCACCCGCACCGUCAAAGCCAUUUACGAAGUUGAAGCGUUUGCUUUGAGAGCUGAUGAUUUGAAGUUCGUGGCUACACAGUUUAGGAGAUUACAUAGUAAGCAGUUGAAACAUAAGUUUAGGUUUUACUCUCAUCAAUGGAGAACUUGGGCGGCUUGUUUCAUACAGGCUGCUUGGAGACGGCACAAGAAGAGGAAGUAUGCGACUGAGCUGAGGGUUAAAGAGGAGUUUCAAUGUAUGUUUGAGACGGCCUCGAUGGUUAGGCUAAACAGUGGGAAGUUUACUCGUAGUGGGUCGGAUUCUGGUAUGGUAUCUUCGAUUCAGAAACCAGUAGAACCGGAUUUUUCUAGUGAAUGAAAUUGAUAUAUGAUUUGCUUUGGAAUUUUUUUUUUUGUAUAAUUAAUGUGUAUUAUUUAACUGUAACUCUUUUAAUCGUUUGAAAAUGUUAUUAAGUUGUUUGAGCA